AUGGCCGAAUCUUUUCUGGAAAAUACGGAGCUUUGUGGGGAAUUAUUACUAAAACCUUGCUCUCGUCAAAAUUCCAACACCAAACAUAUCCUGCUUAAGUACAUUGUUCCAGUUGUUGCAGCAGUGUUAAUCUUUGUUUCUCUUCUAUGCAUACUGAGAGCAUUCAAACAAAAGAAUAAAAAUAGUAUUCCAAGUUCUUCGGAUUCAAUACAAAUACCUGAGCACAAAAUGAUUACAUAUCAUGAACUUCGUCGCGCUACGAAUGACUUCUCUGAAGGCAAUAUGCUUGGAAUUGGGAGUUACGGUUCUGUCUAUAUGGGUACGAUUUCAGAUGGUAUAGUUGUUGCCGUAAAGGUUCUGAAUCCAAAAGCGGAGGGUGCAUUCAAAAGUUUUGAUGCAGAGUGCAAAGUCUUGCAGACAACUCGACAUAGGAAUCUUGUUAAGAUCAUCACUUCUUGCUCGAAUCUUGAUUUUAGAGCUUUGAUUAUGGAGUAUAUGUCAAAUGGAAGCCUUGAGAAGUGGUUGUACUCCGAAAACCGCAACUUGAAUCUCUUUCAACGGGUCAACAUUAUGAUUGAUGUGGCAACAACUUUAGAUUAUCUCCAUUAUAGUCAAUCAGACCCAAUCGUACACUGUGACCUAAAGCCCAGCAAUAUCUUGCUAGAUGAAGACAUGGUAGCACAUGUUGGUGACUUCGGCAUUGCGAAAAUUCUACCAAAAGCUGAAGAUGCAAUGCAUACCAUGACAUUAGGCACCAUCGGCUAUGUUGCACCUGAGUACGGCUCCGAGGGACGUGUUUCUGUAAAGGGCGACAUGUACAGCUAUGGGAUAAUGAUGCUGGAAAUAGUUACUAGGAAGAAACCCACGGAUGAAAUGUUUAGCGGAGAAGUAAGCUUGAGACAAUGGGUUAGCGCAUCAUUUCCUAAUGCAUCACUGGAUGUUGUUGAUUGUGUUUGAAGGCCAAAUGGAAACAACACCAGAGAUAUUGACAUUGUACAUGGUUUUCU